AGUGGGGAUGGGCUACUCGACGCAGCCAUGGCGCAGCAGCAAGAUAGGGCUGCUGGAAUUCGUGGACGUCUCAGGCAGGAUGAUGGAGAAUUUUCUUCUUCCAGGGGAUGAGAGCCAGAGUGACAGGGAGUACCUGGAGGUCAAUCUUGCCCACGCGGGUUUGGGCGGGCGGCAAGCAGCGGAGGCGCGGCAGCUGCUCGACGCGGUGGAUUUUGCCAGGGACAAGAGAUCGAGCAUCGAAAUGGGCGAUCUGGUGGAGAUCCAGCGCCGCGUGGUGGGGAGAUCAAGCGAGGGAUUGCCAUGGCUUGUGAGUUGGCUUGUGAGGUGGGCUUUCCCAGAUUUUAGGAGCAACGAGGCCCGUGACGAGCUGCGCGACGCAAUCCUUCCCAAGCUCAACGCGCGCCUUGCCCAGUCGCAAGACCCUCUCGAGCGAGUCAAGGCGGCGGCAUGGUUUUCUAAGUGCUUGACGAGCCUGCGGCCCUUUGUCGAUGGAAGCGCUCGCGUUGGCGAGGUGGUAGUGUCGAUCAUCCUCAAGGAUUGGGCUCCUUUUCCUCUCAGGAUACACGAUCGUGGAUGGCUGCGCGAGCAAUCAAUUCCAAGGGAUGGUAUUGGAGAAGAGGAGCUUGCAGCCUUGAUCCUCCAGCGGGCCGCAUAAUCGAUAUGUUCUUCCUUUGUCAUGGCUUUCAAUUCUCUCGAGAUCUUUGAACGUGAAUCUUUUAAACUUGCCUAGAA